AUGGAGGGUGAUAACCCUGUAUAUGGUGAAGUGCGCCAACGACAGCACAGCAUAGUUUGGACCAAUGACCUCCGGAAUGCCUGGCAGGAUCCCCCCGUGCCAUGCGUUCGAAUUCUGGGCCCCAUUGAGGACCUCUUUGCGUGUCUCAAUCGGCGCCACCAAGUAGAACUUAAUCUGGGCUUUCGCCAUCUCGAUAGCGAGAUGGCCAUCCUUCGACAUGAUGGCACCCGUGCGGACCGAUUCGUCUUUGAGCGUAUGCGGCCAGUACGCACCCUAGCAGUGCACCAUGCCGGCCGCCGUCUGAGUCACAUGGACCCCGAGCGUGUGAGACUAUUCCUCAGAGAUGUUUUGGAGGAACGUUUCGAGCUAUUGUUUCAUUUGCCUCAUUCCACCAAUAGAGAAUAA